AUGAGCCAGCCUUCGACAAGUAACAUGAGGCUGCCCAGCUACAGGACUUCUCACUUACUUCGCUUCCACCCUUACCCAAGGGUAAAGUUAAGCCAACACGAGAGCCUGAUGAACACUAUAGAUGAUCGCCUCAGCAAUCUGUACGACGUUGUUGAAGAGGACGACAAUGCUAGACCGGCAAUUCUCGACUUUUCUGACCUCCAUUCUGACCUUCAUGAGGAGCAGCAUCCUGAUGUUGAGAAUGUGCAGGAAGCCGUCGAAGUUGCUGAGGCCAACGAUGUUAAGCCUCGCGUCAGGCGCCUCAGCUUGACCACUUUGAUCAUCGACCUUGCAGUCCUAGUGGUUAGAAAGCUGGCUUUGAAAGCCAAGUAG